AUGUUUCGAUCUAUCAAGCGUCUACUUUGUUUUGCUUCGCCUCAGCGCUCUGAUGAGACAUGCCCAACCGCCUCUUUCACACACGAUGCUCCUAGUCGGACUUCAAUUCCAGAUUCCACUGCCUGGGCUAACCGCCCUCAGCCACGAGUGCGAGAACGGAUCACAACAAGGGUGAUAAUACCGCGAUUUCCCUCCACAUACAGCUCCACCAGCACUCCUACUACCUGUUUCAUAUCCGACACAGAGAGCCCGGUCACUCCUAUAACCUCUGCAACCAGUCAAAGUCUUUCCUGGUCAUCCGAGGUUCUUCUCAAGGUUGCCACCGAUCCCUCUUGGGAUUACGGCACACCGUAUGUUCCGAUUCUGCAGCCGGAUGGCACACUGAGACCGCCACCGAUCUCAUUCAGUGGCUAUGGCCCAUUUGGGGGCCAGUUCGUUCCAGAAUCCAUCAUGGGCUUCCUCCACGAGUUGACAUCGACCUUUGAAGCCGCUGUCUCCGAUCCAGCUUUCUGGGCCGAAUACGCCACCCUGCAACGCUCCCAGCACACACCAUUAACCCGGGCUAGCAAGCUAUCCGACCCAGCCACGGCGGCAACUAUAUGGCUGAAGAGGGAGGACCUGAAUGAUUACGGCAGCCACAAGACUCGCAAUAUCAUCGGCCAGCUAUUGCUUGCUCGCCGCAUGGGUCGUACAGAGGUCGUCACAGAUUGCGCAGCGGCCAAGCAUGGGACAUUCACGGCGGCAAUGUGUGCACGUCUUGGGUUGCAGUGUGUUGUCGUCAUGGGUGCGGACGAUGCAUGCGCGCAGGAAGAAGACGUCCUGGAUAUGAAGAUGCUCGGGGCCAAGGUCGUGACCGCUAGAACUCCUUCCGGUAUGGGUUCGCUGCGCGCUGCAAUCACAGAAGCACUCCGCUAUUCAGUUCGCAACUAUGAAACUGCGUACUAUCUGAUGGGAGGACCCGUGGGUCCCAGUCCACUGCCAACCGUGACCCGCACUUUCCAGGCACUCCUAGGCGAGGAGGUCGCAGCCCAGAUGCACAGGGAGGUCGGUUGCCAGCCAGAUGCUGUCGUCACCGCCGUUGGUAGUGGGUGCGGUGCGGUGGGCCUAUUCAGGCCCUUUCUUCACAGCCCCGCUGUUCGCCUGGUUGGCGUUGAAGGCGUACAUGCCGCUGCCUUGACGGAGGGUUCAAUCGGCGUUCUCCAGGGCUCGCGCACACUGAUGCUUCAGAAUGAGGACGGUCAGAUCUUGGAUUCAAACUCUAUCUCGCCAGAUAUGAAUAUUUCCACGGUUGGACCCGAGGUGGCGUAUUGGAAGAGUGUGGGCCGUGUUGAAAUUAAGACUGCCACGGAUACGGAUGCCCUGGAUGGGUUUAAAAGUCUCUUCGAUCACGAGGGGAUUGUUUCUGGUUUGGACUCGAGUCACGCGGUGAGCGCAGCCCUGAGGUUAGCGAGAGAUCUGGGUCCAGGUAAGAAUGUUGUUCUGAUGGUGACGGGAGGAGAUAGCAUUGGCAUGCAUGAUGGAAGGAGGUUGGGUGUUUGA